AUGAGAAACAGAUGCGAAGUCUGGUUGAAAAAGGUGGAAAAGCGCCUGGAAGAACCCACUAUGAACGCCCUUAUGCUUAAGGAGCGGCUCGAUCUAAAGGAUAAAACUGGGAAAAGAGAUCACACGCCUGCUGUUGCAGAAGUAAAAACGAUCGAACAUCUUCGCACAACGCACAGACCCGGAGCUUCCUCCGAACAAGAUCUUGAGAUUUGUGAAAGUGCGUCAAGACUGUUUAAUACAUUAGCCCAGCUCGCCACGUGCGGCCCCGAGAUUAGAGUCCUCAAGAUCGAAGAUGCGGAAGAGAAGGUAGGAGAGGAAGAGAACAGCGUAGCGCAAGGAUCGUACCGACGAUCAGACAUUGACAUUGAGCAAGAGAAUGCAGAGCUUGCUGCCAAGGCCGAACAAUUGUGCAGAGAGCGGAUUGCUGCAGCAGAAUUGGGCCAAAAGAAGGUCGUCUACAUCCUUCCUUAUCAAAAUGCUGGAGUUUGGCAUUGCGUACUCAGGACGUCCGACUUUGUUUUGGUUAUCUCUGUUUCCGGAAACAGAAAGAUGAAGGCUGUACAUAAAGAUCUCCGCUCAAACAUGGUCACUGGAAAGAGAGACGAUGUAAGCACGUCCCAGAUCGUCUUACUUCUUCCAUAG